AUGGCAAGCAGGUAUUAUGUGGAUACCUUCCUGAGGAAGCCCUUCUUAGUUGCUAAUAUCCAUCUGUUUCCAAGACCAGCAAGAGCUCACACCUGUAACCUGAUGGCUCAGAGGCAAAAUAAGACGUCAGUCCUGAAGAAUUCCCAGAUGCUGUGUACCACACAGCUGAUCUCACAAGACAAUGCUGCUCCCUUUUCUGACUCUAAGAGUAGAGAAUCCAAAUACAACAGGUCCUUUCCUCUGUUAAAUGGAAGUGUUUAUCUGGAACAGAUGGAUCCAACUGAAGCAAACUUAAGAAAUAGUGAAGCUUGUAUUCAGAAGUCUAUACUUAUGAGCCAGUUUCAGCAGCUGAGUAGCUGUCUGACGAUCCAAAGCCUGGGUGAACUGGUUAAUUGCCGGUGGAACUUUCAAACGCUUAUAAAGCAUAGACCUUUGACGCUGCAGUCUGAUGUACCGAGGCCAUCUGACAAAACGAGAAUUGAGAAAAUACAUAGAGUUUGGUGCAUGUUAAUUGCCAAUGACGCAACAGUGAAGGGGGGAACCCUAUACCCUAUCACCAUGAAGAAACAACUCUACAUUCAAAAUAUCGCAAUUAUGAUCCAUUUGCCAACAGUGUGUUUGGUGGACAGCGGAGGAGCAUUUCUGCCCCUACAGGCAGAGAUUUUCCCAGACCAUUGCCAUGGUGGAAGAAUUUUCUACAAUAUAGUGUUUAUGUCCUCUCUGAAGAUUCCUCAGGUGGCAGUGGUGUGUGCUUCUUGCAUUGCAGGAGCUGCCUAUUAUCCUAGUACAGCAGAUGAAUCUCUAAUUAUAGACAGCAUUGGCUCUGUGUUUCUUGCUAGACCUCCUCUGGUAAAAGCUGUUACAGGAGAAGACAUUUCUGUUGAAGACCUAGGAGGAGCCACUCUGCAUUCUAGAGUCAGUGACAGUAUUGAUUAUAUUACAUCCGCAGAGGAAGAAGUCUGUGAAUGGGUUUGGAAUUUUGUAAUGACCUUCAAUCAUGGAUGGCUCCCUGAAGAGUCCGUGAAGUAUGAUGAUCCCUUAUACAGCACAGAAGAGCUGAAAACACUGGCCCCACAGAAUUAUGAAUGUAGCCUAGAUGUGAAGGUGAUUAUGAGUUACUUGAUUGAUGGGAGUCAAUUCCAGGAAUUCAAAGCUGAAUAUGGAACAACUCUGGUAACAGGUUUUGCUCAUGCGAAAGGGUAUCUAGCGGAACUAACCCAUCAAGCCUCUCUCAAGGGCAGCAACUUUGUCAAUCUGUGCAGUCACCGGAACAUCCCCAUCCUGUUUCUCCUGAACACCACUCCACAAACGGCUCAGUGCAUGAGCCUUGCACAGUCCAGGGACUUAGGAUCUAGGCAGAAGACUCAGGCCGGUAUGAUGGCCGACACUGCUUGGGCAGACGUCCUCAAGAUAACUGUGGUCCUUGGUGGCUGUUCUGGAAAUGACAGUUGUGCCAUGUGUGGAAGAUCAUUCGACCCUAAUUCCUUGUUCCUGUGGCAUGCUAGAGUUGCUGUCAUGGAUUGUAGGUCUCUAUUUGUUGACUUUCUGGAAGGAGAUGGGAACUUCCCUACGUGCAAAUCCACUUUAAAGAGUCCAGAGAAAAAACUGGAGAAUGAAAGCUGAGCAUUUCAUUCCUCAGCCAGACUGUGGGAUAAUGGAGGGAUACUGCCCCAGAAUUCUAGAGAGGUGAUCGCAAAGUGCUUAGAGAUCAUCAAACAGAAGGAUUGCCACACUCUCACCUGUCAGCAGCCACCCAUUCUCUGA